UUCUGUUGGUAUGGUAUACACUAAGUAUCGACACGGACGGCGGAUCCGGACAUAACUGAGUGAAGGUAUUGAGCGAGUGUACUGUUUAAAAUCUAUAGACUCUAAUGGAAAACUGACACUAUACUUCUUCAUGAUGAAUAGCAAGCACAAGGAAAUUCUCCAGACACAUCGAAAGUUUCUAAUUAAGAAUAUAAUAUGGACAGAUGAGCUAUGCACCCGAUUACAGGGGGCCUCUCUCCUGCCGGAUUCUACUGCUAAGGAUAUAAAGGCGCAAAAAGACAGAGAUGCCAAAAUUUCAAGAGUAUUGGAGGUACUUCCUGUCCGUGGUGCGCAUGCGUACGAACAUUUCUGUGAUAUCUUACAACUUACCGGGCACGAGUUCCUGGCAGACUUUCUGCGUGAAGAAGAUAUCAUCAGUGAAAAAUACAACUCUAAGGAACUAUACAAAAAGAUGAAGUUCCUGGAAAGGUUAAAAGAACACGAAAAGCAGGAAUUGGAGGAUUACUUUUUGGAAAAAUUCCGAGGCGACUCCUUACGAAUGGUCUGGAAGCAUGAUUUCCGAGAGAAAGCCAAAGCGCUUGACGCCAAGCGCGACCAACUCGAUCAGCAUUUCACGUAUGAGAUCGCACAAAAGAAAACAAAAGAAGUUGCGAACGUUUUGGAACAUGAAUUAAAAGAUGAAAAGGAAAAUGCCGCAGUUCUGAGAUCUCAAAUCAACGUCAUGAAACAAGAGCUUAAGGAACUGGAAACAAAGAGGAUGUCUGAUUUAGGUAAACAGCUGAAAUAUACCGAGGUCAAUGAGUCCGUUUUACAGCGUACGAGUAAACGACUGGAGUUAACCGAGAGAACACUGAGGGGUGUAAACAAUAAAAUUACCAAACUCGUAUCAAAAAGACAGUAUCCCCAUAAUGAAAAGGAAGAAAUGGAAAAACAGUCGUACGAGUUCGCGUUCAUGGAAGAAGAUAUGGAUAUAGUGAUGGAAUCCUAUCAGGACUUAUUGUUGAUUCGUAGAAAGUAUCAUGAACUUCUAGAGGAGAAGGAUUACGUGUUAGCACACAUGGGGCAUACAGAUGCCGAAAGAAAACCUACACUAAGAGAAGCAUAUCGGGAUUUCGUCGCAACAAAUGACUCCAAUAUGCAAGAACUGGAAAGCAAAAUGACAGGCUUUCAACGUCUUGUAGAGGAACAGAAAGACAAAAUGGUGGACAUGAAUAAAGAAAAAGUGGAAACUAACAACAAAUUCCAACUAGGCACCAGUGUUUGGCAAGCAGCCAUCAUGAAUGUCAUGAGGAAUCAGCUUCAGGACGUGAAAAAGGAAUGCCGGGUUAAGGAUACCAGACUCCAGAUGUACGAAAACGAGAUGGCCAAGAUGAAAGGAAAAAUUGGAGAUCUUGAAAAGGAGAGAGAGCUGAAAAUGAAAACUAUGUCAAUUGCUGGGGAAUCAAAGACAAGACUGACUGUCGAAUUCAACGGAGGUAAUACCAGGUCUCCGAGGUCUACUAGUUCCAUGUCUAGUACUGCCGGAAUAGAAGAUCUGGAACUAACUGAGGAAAGACGUCGACACGUGACGCCAUCAGUUGGUCACAACGGGAAGCAGCACAGAGAACCAAUGCUACCUCCUCUCAAACCGCAGAUCUUCCAUUCGGCAGACGCAGGUUUACCCCGCAGCUAUACCCCUAGAAAGAACAGUUUCAAACCGAAACCUCUUGGUGCAUGGAACAAGGGAAAUAAUGAGUACAGUAUGGUAGCCCCUCAGCCUGUUGGUCUUACAACCGCACCUGUCAAGUUUGGAAGUAAAAAUCAGCAGUACGGACAAUUGCCCAUGGGAUUCGGCGAUCUGAAAAAUAUGUCAAAUCAAGGUAAAUCGAAAUUCGAAAAAUCUUUAGGACCAUCCUCGAAAAUAAGAUUUUAGAAAGAUCAAGUAAUUUCAGUUCUGAAUGCAGUAGGGACACGGCAGACCAUGGAGACAACCGUCAUUUAAUCGAUGUUUAUAGUUCUUUAAGUUUAUGAAAUGUCUGCUAUUUGAAUUCGGUAAUGUUACAUGUAACAGCUAGGAUGAAAUCUUUACCGGAUUGACUAUUUUGGUGAAUCAUUUGAAUUCAACCAAUUACAUUUUUUGAUAGGUUCGCCAUCCCAUGUUAGAUUUACAUGAACCCUUAGAAUGGGUUCAUGUUUUGAUCUCUUAUGAGUAGAAUUGAUCUUUAUAUAAGAAAGCUGGAAGUGCCUAACAGAUAUUUAAAUCAAUUCACUAUCACUAUUCACUGGCAUAUUGUAUCAGUUUUAUUUGUGAAUACUUCAACUCAAGAUCAAGAGGGUACUAUUUCAAAAUCGAUGGAAAUUAGAUUCAUGUUUAGGAAUUAUUCUUCGAAUGAAUUAAAGUGAAAAGAAAUCUGGCAGAAAUGAAGAUAUAUACAGUGCUUUAUGUGUUCAAACGGUGAUAUUGACCAUGAUGCACAUCAAAGAAUCCCGCGUUUAUCAUUGAAAUGCACAAUGCUUUGCUAAAUAAAAAUCACAAUAAAGCAAUCACGGCACUGUUCGCUAUUUAAAACAUAGUACAUGUAGUUUAAUGUUAUUAAAAAAACGUAACAAAUCGUUCUGCAAAGUACAAUGUUUCAAACAGAUGUUAUUUCCUUCAAAAUGAAAGCAUCAUAAUGUAAACAUUUAAAUGACAAUUGCAAAAACGUACACAGGAAAAAUAUACUGGUAGAUGGUUUGUUGUGUAAAUACAGUAAUCUUCGUAAAUGUCUCGCUGUAACCAAUAUGUACGCUAUGGUAUCUUGAGUUUUGGAGUAUCGAGGGUACGAUGAACUUUGAAUCCAUGUGAUAUCUUUUUCGAAUAUGCAAACCUUAUUAUGUCGAACAAAUUAUGAAAUAUCCCAUAUAUCCUAGCAAAAAUAUAUAGAAAUAAGUUGCCAUGGGAUCAAAGUUACCUCCCGAUAAUUAGACUUUCUAUAUAACCUAGUUUAUAUUACAAUGAAAUCGGUGUUUCUUAGGGUCAUGUGGGGAAAUUGAGGAAUCGGAAUAGAUAUUUUUAGGGAUUAAUUUGUAGGUAAUCGACCUUCAAAUUCCGUAAGACUGACCACCAGUCAGCUUUAAAAAUCUUAAUAACGGAGUUUGAUGAACUUUUAGCUAAUAAGAUUAAAAUGACACUAAUCUCAUAUCACUGUUUGUGCCAAUCUUUGAGCGAGUGUGUCUGUGUGGAUGUUCAAUGUGUACCAGUGUGUAUUAAUGAAAAAUUAAUCAUUAAUGGUCUGGAAUUCAAUAAUUGAACGAUUUGGUAUCUGAAUUAUUUUCACUUACUUUUUAAAAAGCAGCUUAAUUUAAAAAGAAAAGAUAAUAAGAACAUUGUAGUUCGAAAUCAAUCCGAAAAUGACGUCAUUCCUUCAUAAACUUAUCAUUCCUAAUAGAGAUUUAUACGCAUAAUGGGUUAGAUAGGCAAAAUAAGAAAAAAACUUAUUUAAAAACUUAAAAAGUUAUUGCAGAAAUACAAACAAAGUAAACGUUUACUGCAUUAACUCAUUCACCCCUGAUAUUUCAUAAUGAAUUAGUCCAACUUUUGCAUUGGGAGAGUUCAACUGUGUCUUCAGGGGGUAAAUGAGGUAAGGACUUAAAAUCAAUAUCUUAUGUGUUCUGAAACAUGUCGAAAUAGAGCAAAAGGAAAUGAUGGUAACAAUUGUAAAUGUUUUAAUUUUUACGGAGGAAGUUUUAAUUAUGAGGAUAACCCCAAAUCGUUCUUUUAUUUUGCGCCUUCCUUCAGCAUUAUUACAAACAAUCUCAAUUCAACAAUAUUUUCCAAUACUGUGACAAAUCUCAUUUGAAAAAUCAUUUUCAACCAGUAUUGCAUUCAUUUUUGUUGUGUUGAAUUGAAACCCUUGAAAAUUUGAAAAAAAAA